CAGCUCGUUAUCAAAAUGCAGUAUUCCCAUCACUGUGAGCACCUUUUGGAGAGACUGAACAAGCAGCGAGAAGCCGGCUUUCUUUGUGACUGCACUGUUGUUAUUGGUGAAUUCCAGUUCAAAGCACACAGGAAUGUGCUUGCCUCUUUCAGCGAGUACUUCGGUGCAUUUUACAGAGACACGUCUGACAAUAAUGUUGUUUUGGAUCAGACUCAAGUGAAAGCUGAUGGAUUCCAAAAACUCCUGGAAUUUAUUUAUACGGGAAACUUAAACCUUGACAGCUGGAACGUUAAAGAAAUUCACCAGGCUGCCGACUAUCUCAAAGUAGAAGAAGUGGUCACUAAAUGCAAAAUCAAGAUGGAAGACUUUGCUUUUAUUGCUAAUCCCUCUUCUACAGAGACAUCUAGUAUCACUGGAAACAUUGAAAUGAAUCAGCAGACUUGUCUUCUGACUCUCCGAGAUUACAAUAAUCGGGAGACAGCAGAUGCUGCUUCUGUAGAGUUGGUUCAACCACAGGCAAAGAAAGCAGCUUUAGAAAAGAAAUCUCAAACCAAAAAGCGAAAGAAGAAUUUCGGCUCCCCCAAAAGCAUACAGAAUAAAUCCGUACAAUAUCAGAACGAUGUGACAGAGAACACAUCCAUUGAAAUGUUUUUAGACGCAAAUAAGCUGGCCACCCAGAUAACGGAACAGGCUGCCCAAGGCAGUGAUAACUCUGAGCUACAGCUGGCAUCUGUGGUGGAAAGCGAAAUGCUGGCAGCGCAGGAUAUCCUAGUUCAGACUAUUGCAGCAAAACAGAAACGGGGAAAGCCUCAGCAAAGCUGUGCACUGAAGGAGCACUGUAUGUCUAACAUAGCCAGUGAAAAGAACACUUACCAGCUGGAGAGUUCAGGGGAAGAACUUGACCAGAAGUACUCCAAAGCUAAGCCAGUGUGCAACACGUGUGGAAAAGUCUUUUCGGAAGCCAGUAGCCUCCGCCGACACAUGAGAAUACACAAAGGAGUGAAACCGUACGUGUGUCAGCUUUGUGGGAAGGCAUUCACCCAGUGCAAUCAGCUGAAAACACAUGUAAGAACUCACACAGGGGAGAAGCCAUACAAAUGUGAACUAUGCGACAAAGGCUUUGCUCAGAAGUGCCAGUUAGUGUUCCACAGUCGGAUGCAUCAUGGAGAAGAGAAACCAUACAAAUGUGAUGUCUGCAAUCUGCAGUUUGCAACUUCAAGCAAUCUGAAGAUUCAUGCCAGGAAGCAUAGUGGCGAGAAGCCCUACGUGUGUGAUCGGUGUGGUCAGCGGUUUGCUCAGGCCAGCACACUCACCUACCAUGUGCGUCGCCACACGGGGGAGAAACCUUACGUGUGUGACAGUUGCGGAAAAGCCUUUGCCGUCUCAAGUUCUCUCAUCACCCAUUCCCGAAAACAUACAGGAGAGAAGCCAUAUAUCUGUGGCAUUUGUGAAAAGAGUUUUAUUUCCUCUGGAGAGCUCAAUAAACAUUUUCGGUCCCAUACAGGUGAAAGACCAUUUAUCUGUGAAAUGUGUGGAAAUUCUUACACAGAUAUAAAAAAUCUUAAGAAGCACAAAACGAAAGUUCACACAGGAUCUGAAACUCCCCCUGAUUCUAAUGCACUUGAUAAUUCUUUCAAUGAACAAGAAUCCAUUCAGAGUCAGAAAAGUCCUUUAUCAGAGUCCAUAGAUGUGAAGCCCUCUGAGAUGUCUUUAGCACUUCCUCUUCCCAUUGGGACUGAAGACCAUCAGAUGCUGCUUCCCGUGACGGGUAGCCAGUCUCCUUCAUCGGAAACAUUACUAAGAUCUGCUGUGACUGGAUAUUCAGAACCUCAGUUUAUUUUCUUGCAGCAGUUAUACUGACCGUGCAGUACAGAGCCAUCAAGGUAAUUUGGUAGUGAACUUGCAUAUGUUUGGUAAGAUGAACAUAAUCAAGCAAGCAGUCACACUUUUUGAAUUGGACUUGUUCUUUUUUUCCUCAGUGUAAAGACACUUGUAAGGCAUUUCCAUUGUGCAGCGCUGUCUUUUGGUUUUUGUUGAAUUGUGCUAAUCUACAAUCAAAUUUCUAUUUGCAAUUAACACUGAUUUCCAGGAGGCAAUUCCUUUCCAGAAACACCUGCCUUAAGAAUUCUCUGUUAAAUAUGUUAGUGUAUUUUGGAUCUCCUCCCAUAUUCCUUCUGAUCUGAUGUGUCACAAUGUCAUUUGAGAGCAGACAUUUUAAGCCAUAUUUGAUAGUUUAAGAAUAUUAACCCAGAGGUGUAAGGGGAAAAUCAUAAUCUGAAUGUACUAACAAGCUGGUACUCCUGCAUUCCAAGGUGAACAAUGGUACGUGACGGGUAGGCCAGUGCUCUGGUGAGGUGCUUGCAAAGAAUUACUGCUGUCUGCCAGAAGUAGCCAUCUUCAGUUGAGGUCUGACCAGAGGGAAGGAAAGUUUUGUGUAUAUUUUCCUGACAAGGCAAGUAAAGGAGCGUUAAUUUUUUUCUGUAGUGUGUGAAGUCAGAGGGUUCUAAUGGCAUAGAUACUACUGGGUAUUCUUUCCAACAAGUCACUUUUUCUUUUUUUGUUAAGUGAAUCCAGCAUUGUUGUAUCUUGUCCCAGAUUUAUUUUUCACACCCCUGCAAUGCCCUGGUUUUGGCACAAACAGCAACAUUUGCUCAAAAGGAGAGCUGGAACACGCGUGUUGUAGAUCAGACGAAAAGAUGCAUUGACUGAAUUGUGAGGCAUGAAUCAGAGCUUCAUAAUCCUUUUUUUACAGUAGUGCUGCUUCUUGUGCUAGACAGUAGGUACAAAAGAGGAAAUAAAUCCUGCCCUUCACUGUGAAAAUAAUAAGUGAACGCUACAUGAGGGGGCAUUAAGGAAGAAUACAACAGAGCAGAAUGAUAUUCUUCCAGGCAAGGUUUUGUUGGAGUAUGACUGAUUUCUUUUAGUUGAAGUAUUUAUGUACUGCUUUACCUCUCGUGUCACUUGUCCGCAGUAACUGCACAAAACUGGUACCUAGCAAGACUCGUGUAAGGGUAUGUUUUAUUACUAGCAAUGUAAAUUUUUAAAAAGCAACACUUUUAAAGUCUUGGUCAUCAGUUAAAGACUAGUUGACAGUAGGAGUACUUUUAUACUCCGUUUUGCCAGUUUGUGCCAUUAACAUAAUGUAAGCAUGAUUUAAGUAAUCAUCAAAUAGUAAGGAAACAGUCGUAAUACUGUACCAACAAUGCAUUUAAAGAUAUUAUUUGUUGGUUAUUUACUCGGUGCUAGCAUUUUAUUUCCAUUGAUGCCUUGUGUCCAGACACUGAUAAAUAGAAGAGCAUAGGAGAUACCUCUUAACUGAUUCUGUUCUACAUGGAGUAAUAAUUAAUCUGCACCUUAAUUAACAGACUUGUGAAAAAUUUCUUGGAGGAUUUCAUUUAAAUAUUCUGGAAAUAGUCCCUUGACUCCUGAGCAUGACUAUAGAUUCCCCCCCCCGCCACCUCUUCCUACAUGUUUGUACUUGUAAAGUAAUAGACCUUUCGCUUCUUUGUGUUGAUCAUCUUAGUACGUGGCAAGUUUAAAACUCUGCUGCUUGAUCAUGUUUUAUGCUUUAAUAUAUGGCCAAUUUGCUGAUAAAGUCUACCGCAGGCAGCAAGGAGUACAACCAUGUUCACUGGGAACAUUCUUAAUGCAGGCAUCUCUAACUCUGUCCACUGAAGCUAAUUAUUGCCAUACCUGCCUGACCUUUAUUUGCUUUGCUUAUCUGUACUACAACAUUUGUGAACAGCCGAUGUCCUUCACAAUGCUGGCAAAGGACAAUGGAUGAAGUUCUCUGAUUGAUGGGGUUUUUUUCUGUUUGUUUGGCAUUUCCCCCUUUCCUCCCCCGUUUUCUUUUUUAGCUUCUGUUGUUGAUGUAGCCCCUGAAGGAUAUUCCUUAGCCUUGCCAUUUAAGACUGAAGAACCACAAAGAUCGGGAUCUUGACUCUGUGUAAAAAAAGCGAACUCUGUGUAGCUUGUCCUAAGGUUCCUCUUUACUUUCUCUCUCUGAAAAUACAGCAGACGUCUUGGGAUAGACAUAGGCUUAGUCAUGAAUACUGAAACAGAACAAUACCGUAGAAUUCAUAAAUUUCAUAUUUAAACAGCUUUGGAAGAUAAACUAAUGAUAUGCUGCUGUUAUCUGAGGAAAAGUAGCUAAAGAUUAACAUAUCCAGGAUAAAUGACCACAAGAAAGAACUAGCUCUGGAAAAAAAAUUUUUUUAAAAAUCACAUUCCUACAUAGAAAAUGCAUUCCAUAACAAUGUUUGUUUGGACUGUUUUUAUAUUUCUAAAAUUAUAGCUUAUUACUGUAUUCUUAGAUUUCAGACUUUUUUAAAAAAUACAGUGCUUAGAUUUAUACAGGAUUUGUUUAGAUACUUAUAACAGUAACACUUGCUUUAUUAGUCAUUUAGUUUUCUUUAUAGACAAGAAGAUAAUCAUUAUUUUUUACAAGACAACAAUUUUAACCUUUCUUAAUAGAAUACACAGGCUUGUAAUUUUGUCUUGGAGCAAUAAUUUAGUGAUCUGCACUCGAGUCCCCAUAUGAGAGUCUUGAUUUUUAUCCUCAUCUUUUGUGAAGAUAUCUCAGCUGCUGAGGUAUGAUCUCUAUGAACUGUAUUCAUU